UAAUGUAGUGUAUAACACACGUGCGUAGUUUUUAAAAAAAUCGCCAGUUCAAACGUUGAAAUAUGGCAGGCCUGGAGUUAUUGUCAGAUCAAGGAUAUCGUCUUGAUGGAAGAAAAGCUGCUGAACUGCGGAAAGUACAAGCUCGUAUGGGUGUAUUUGCCCAAGCUGACGGAUCUGCGUACAUAGAACAGGGAAAUACCAAAGCGCUGGCAGUUGUGUAUGGUCCUCAUGAAGUGCGAGGCUCCCGCAGCAAGACCCUCCAUGACCGUGCUGUCAUCAACUGCCAAUACAGCAUGGCUACCUUCAGUACAGCUGAGAGGAAGAGAAGACCCCACGGGGACCGCAAGUCCACAGAGAUGAGCCUUCACCUCAAGCAGACUUUCGAGGCAGCAGUGUUGACUAAUCUGUACCCACGCUCUCAAAUAGACAUUUAUGUCAAGAUCUUGCAGUCAGAUGGAGGGAACUACAGCGCGUGUGUGAACGCCGCUACUCUGGCAGUAGUCGAUGCGGGCAUCCCCAUGCGUGACUAUGUGUGUGCCUGCACUGCAGGCUUUGUGGAUGAGACCCCAUUGGCAGACCUGUGCCAUGCUGAAGAGAGUGGAGGGGGCACAUCACUGGCCCUGGCAUUGUUGCCUCGUGGCGGGCACAUUGCCCUGCUACAGAUGGACGCCCGACUCCACCAGGACCACCUAGAGACACUGAUGGAGGCGGCAAUGACGGCCUGUAAGGGCGUCAGCAAAGUGUUGGACGAGGUGGUGAGGCAGCAUCUACAGGAGGUGUCUGCGCUGACUGGAGAGUGAUGUAGCUUGGACUUUGGGGUAGAUUGGUCUGUGUGAAAGGCAGGGUGAGGUAGAGGAGCAGAUGGAGUAAACCUUUUUAUUUUUGAUUGUACAAUCGUGUUAUGCUUUUGUAUGAAAUGCUUUAUUAAAAAAUGAAAUCUAUACCCA